AUGCCUUUAGAAAUUGAUUUAAACAUGUCUUUAGAUAUUGAUUUAGAAGCUCAACCUGAUCCAAAUGAUGAAGGAGGUGCUGCAAUUUCAGAAGAUGAACAUGAUGGUGAUGAUGAAUUCGACGAAGAACCAUCUAAAGGAAAACGUUCAUUUCUGAGUAAUACCGAACGAGAGGCCGUUGCUCAGAUAUUGUUAAGCGAAAGUCAUAAUGGCAAGCUCAAACGCGGCACUGUGGUAAGAUUGGCUUCAACUUAUUCGGUCUCUAAAGAUGUCAUUUAUCGAGUUUUGAAACAAAUACGUCAAAGUGGAGAUGCUCGCCAUAAAAAAACAAAAAAUUGUGGUAGAAAAAGAAUUGAGGUUGAUAUGGAAAAAAUGUGUGACGUGCCGUUAGAUAAGCGCAGUACAUAUAGAGCACUAGGACAUGCCAUAGGUGUUAACAAGAAUAUAUUGUUGAGGAACAAAAAAGAAGGGAUUUUACGACGAAUUUCAAGUCCAUUAAAGCCACAUUUGAAUGAAAACAAUAUGAAAAGUUGCCUUAGAUUUUGCUUGUCCAAUCUCGAGGAUAGUAGCAUUCCUCAAGAACCGAAGUUUAAGUCAAUGUAUAAUGUCGUCCAUAUCGAUGAAAAAUGGUUUGAAAUGACUAAAAAAAACAAGAAAUAUUACCUUUUAUCAGAUGAGGCUGACCCACAUCGUACGUGCAAAAACAAAAACUACAUUACUAAGGUCAUGGUUUUAGCCGCAGUGGCUCGACCUAGAUUUGACAGUGAUGGUAACGAGACGUUUUCAGGUAAAAUAGGCAUGUUCCCCCUAGUUCAUGAAGUACCUGCAAUAAGGUCAAGUGUCAACAGGGCAGCAUGA